AGCUCAACAAUAAUGUACCACACCCCUUUACGUACACAGACUUCCUGGUUGGCUACAGGUGCAUGUUACCUCUAUCACUGAAAUAGACGCGAUUAUUUUACAAAAGGUUUUUAGUAGUUCGGUUACACAGGAAUGUCUGAUGUGGACCAAAAAAGAGUAGAUUUAAUUUUAAGUUGUGGCUUUAUCGAUGACAACAACUCAAGCUGGAUAUUGUAGCCUAGGCAACAGGACCACUUUUCAUCGCGUGCACAGACCGAACUCAACCAUGAAGAAGCAGCUCGUGAGCGCCAUUCAGCUGCAGGAAGUAGAGCUAACCAACGUGAGCGAAAAUGCAACACCUGAGGAGUCAAAAGAGCGGAAAACAUACAGCGUUGAAGAUGCAGUUGAGACUAUUGGCUUUGGGUGGUUUCACAUUCUUCUCUUCAUCAUCAUGGGCAGUGCCAAUAUUAUAGAGGCCAUGGAGAUCAUGCUACUGGCUGUGCUGUCACCAGAGAUCCGUUGUGAAUGGCGUCUGCAGGACUGGCAGGUGGCGCUGGUUUCCACGAUGGUGUUCCUUGGGUUCAUGGUCUGUGGGGUCCUGAGUGGAUAUAUCGCUGACAAAUAUGGACGCUGGAAGGUGGUGUUUGGCGGCUUUGUGUGGUCAGCGUACUUCUCCCUGCUCACUUCUUUCUCUCCGUCCUAUGGCUGGUUCAUCUUCCUGCGCAGCAUGGUCGGCUGUGGGGUGGCCGGGGCCUCGCAAGGAUAUAUUUUAAAGACGGAAUUCAUUCCUGUAAAGUACAGAGCUUAUUUACUACCAUUGGCUUCGAUCUUCUGGAUGGCGGGCUCCAUGCUGAUCAUCAUCCUGGGCAUGACCGUGGUGCCAGUCCUGGGCUGGCGUUGGAUGAUCCGGCUGUCAGUCCUCCCCAGCCUCAUUCUCAUCGGGCUCUUCCAGCUCAUCCCUGAGUCCGCCCGCUUCAACGUGUCGACGGGGAACGUGGCGGGCGCCGUGGCGACUCUCCAGCGCAUCGCCAAGAUGAACUCGGCGUCUCUGCCCGAGGGGGUCCUGGCGGAGCCCAUUGUGGCCGAGAGAGGGAGUUUGUACGUCCUUGUGAGCCCCGCAUUCAGAAGGACGUCCAUUGUCAUGUGGUUUUCAUGGGUUGUGGCAUCUUUCUCCUACUAUGGCUCAGUCUUGGGCAGCUCCGAGCUCCUGGAGAAGAACCUGCUGUGCAUCACCGACCCGGACCCAGAGCACCACGUUAAACACAUCCAGGAGGGGGCGGUGUGCUACUGCAUUCCCUUCGGCAUGGCCGACUAUCAGACCCUGCUCAUCAGCUGCUUGGGAGAGAUCGCACUCAUUCCACUGAACAUAACCUUGUUGAAUGUUGUUGGGCGGAAAUGGAGCAUGGUCAUCUUACAACUCAGUUCAGCGGUCUUCUUCAUGUUGCUCAACAUCUGCUCUACCAUGUUUGGCUUCACUGUGCUGCUCUUCCUGGUCCGGUCGCUGGUCUCCAUGAAUUUCAAUGUUGUUUACCUUUAUACAGCAGAGGUGUAUCCCACUGCCGUGCGCUCCAUAGGUCUGGGGGUCUGCACCUCCUUCAGCCGAAUCGGGGGCAUGAUCGCACCUUUCAUUGCUCAGGUGUUGAUGUCCAAGUCAGUGAUGCUGGCCCUGCUGCCAUUCGCCCUGUCCUGCUUCGUGUCUGCAGGAGCAGCCCUCCUACUGCCUAUUGAAACCAGAGGACGGGCCCUACUGCAAAAUUCCUGACUUGAACCAAAUCAACAAAGAGGACUGAGUUUGUAUUUCUUCAGCCACAAAUAUAGCAGGAAUAAAUACGUGCAUUGUCUGAAGCAGGCUUGCAUUUGCAUUUGGUUUGUAGUCUGCCUGUGGAAACAGAACAUCGAAGACAGUUCAACUCAGGUGCAUUUUAAUAUUGGGGAUGGUGUACAGUACCCAACAAUGGAUCACUGCACAGUCCCAAUAGCAAGAACAACUGAUAUGGAACAAACAGAUAUGUACAGAGCGAUGAGCAUUUGGAACACAAUUCUGUCUCUACUAUGUGAUGACCGAAGAAUUGCUGUGACUGAUUAAUAUGUUAAAUAUUAAGAUGUUAUUUAUGUGAUCUUGUUUGAACUGCUAUUGGGACAUGUACCCAACUGGCUAACUUACAGUUGUCUACAUGUUACAUGUUUGUCUACUGUAUGGCAGUGAUGUUUUCUGUGAACACAGUAAAACUGCAAUGUACAUUA